AUGAGUCUGAACAAACCGUACACAUUGGACAAUGUCCGGGAAUACUCGAAAACCCCCAUAGAAAUGCCGCCGACAUGGGCCCUCGUUGUCGCCCUCGGCUUUCUAUUUGUCGCAUUGCUCUUUUGGGCGUAUAUGGCAGUCCACGUUCUAGCCCCUGUGCCGCGUCCCACUCGGCGUUCUGAGAAACAGUACACAACUAUAUUACCCAAGGGUAAUCGAAGCGACGCAAAGGAACUCCCAUGCUGGUUCGACAAAUGGGAAGCUGAGAAACAACUGGCAAAAAAGAAGGCUGGGCCUGCGAAAGCCAUUGAUCCCGCCCAGAUACUUUUCGAGUCUGCCGACUUGUUCAUGUCUGUUGUCGUGCCUGCAUACAAUGAAGAAGACAGAUUAGUCGGUAUGCUGGAAGAGGCUGUCGAUUACCUGCAGUCUGAAUAUGGGGGUGCGCACGAAAUGGAGAUGGAGGCAGAUACUGGGAAAGUGAAAAGAAAGGGAUGGGAGAUUGUAAUCGUGAGUGAUGGCUCCACGGAUAAGACCGUGGACAUGGCCCUCGAUUUUGUGCGCGAACACCAGCUUUCUUUGCACAAAUCUCCGAGGUCAGGGCCUUGGGCCAAAGACCUCAAACACAACAGUAACAUACCACACGGCAGUAUCCGAGUAGUUCAACUGGAGGCGAACCGUGGUAAAGGUGGCGCGGUCACGCAUGGCAUGAGACAUGUGAGAGGGCAAUAUGUUGUCUUUGCAGAUGCCGAUGGUGCAUCGCGCUUCACCGAUCUCGGAAAGCUGGUGGACGGCUGCCAGUCUGUUGAAGAUAAGGAAGGUCGGGGUGUGGCCAUCGGCAGUCGAGCGCAUCUGGUGGGUAGUGAGGCCGUUGUCAAACGCUCGAAGCUCCGCAACUUCCUGAUGCAUUCUUUCCAUCUGCUGUUGCGCCUCAUGACACCUCCGGCUACAGCCGCCAUCAAAGAUACCCAAUGCGGAUUCAAACUCUUCAGCCGUCCCUCACUCCCGUACAUCGUCCCCUAUAUGCACUCGGAAGGCUGGAUUUUCGACGUGGAAAUGCUGAUGUUGGCCGAGAGUGCCGGGAUUCCUAUGGUUGAGGUCGCUAUCGGAUGGAAGGAAGUCAUGGGAAGCAAACUAAAUGUGAUUUGGGAUAGUCUGGGGAUGGCAUGGGGAUUGGCCAUUCUCAGGGCUGCUUGGAUGCUCGGUGUAUAUAAUAGAGACUAA